AAAUCAGUAUUUACUAUUGGUACCACGUUCUGACGCAAGAGAACAAUUUACGUACCAAAAUCACAGGAAAAGACGAAAACAGUCGACAAAUUAUCAGUCAACCAACAGUAGAGGAACUAUGUGAUUACGACGUAACAGCACCAAAGACUGCUACAGGUUCGUCCUCUCGGUAUCCUCACCGAGUCCCCUAAGUGUUGUGUACCGUGCAGCAUCCUCAUUGUAGACCUACAGAAAAGGGAAAUAGAAAUUACUUCAGCAAGACCGAUGUACACAUUCUUUGAAAAGAGACAGACUUACACAAUACUCAGAUACUUUGUCUAGAACGAGAAGAAGCAGUUGCUUGCACAGCACCAGCCAGGCCGGCGCCAUGAGCAGGGCCUUCCCGCACAGCCUGGAGCCCCUGGGCGCGGCGACGCAGGCGGAGGUCGAGAAGAGGUUCCUCGGGUGUCGCUUCGGCCUCGUCAGGGUCAAGGAGACAGGCUUUCUUAUGCCUGCUCACUAUGCCAAGUAUGCCGAGAAGUAUUAUAACUUCAGAUUCCUCGAGGACGACGUGGUGAUCAUGACCCACCCGAAGUGCGGGACGACGUGGAUGCAGGAGAUCGUGUGGACCAUGAGGAGCGGCCUCGACUUCGACACCUCGCUGGAGCUCGGAGUUCGAUCCCCCUUUUUGGAGUUUGAUUCGCUUGAAAAUCCAGAACUAGAGCCUCUUGAGGAAUGGGCGGAAGAGUUCAGGGCGAGGAACCCCGGUAAAGAUCCCAAAGAGGAAGGCUUGUACCUCUUUUUGACUGACAGUUCACCGUCACCUCGAACCAUCAAGACCCACUUGCCCUUUUCGCUUCUCACCCCUUCUCUCCUUGAUACGUCCAAGGUGGUGUACGUAGCGAGGAACCCAAAAGACGCGAGUGUCAGUUAUUUCCAUCAUCAGCGGCUUGUCAUGGUCUCGGAAUUCUUAGGCGAUUUUCCCGAGUUUUUCGACUACUUCACCAAAGAUCUCGUUACACAGGGACCCUACUGGAAGCACGUUGCGGAGGGCUGGGAGAAGAGGGACCACCCGAACGUUCUCUUCAUCUUCUACGAGGACCUGAAAGAGGACAUUCUGCCGGAGAUGCGCCGUCUCAACGCCUUCUUGGGGACAGGGUACACUGACGAGCAACUCCUGAAGGUCGCCGAACACACCAAGUUCUCCAACAUGAAGUCCCGCUCAACGACCAACCCUACUGAGGCGGCUGUGAAGCUCGGCCGGUUCAAGGCGGGGGAGGGGGAGUUCGUCAGGAAAGGAAUAACAGGAGAUUGGGCAUCCUACUUCACACCAGAACUGGAGGAGAAGUUUGAACAAUGGGUUGAGAAGUGGAAGGAUGUAGCUAGCGAAAUUCCCUUCAAAUACAAGAUUAACAAGAAAGCCUGAGAUGUUGAAACUUAUUGAUGUACUUGUGUGAUAUUAAAAAAAAAUAUGUGGAAAUACGACAUAACAGUGAUGAGAAAUAAUAUGUGACACUUAAA